AUGUCUGUAGUCAGUUUUUCUUUACCAAACGAUGAGCAAGAUGACGUCCCAUGCCCAGAUGCUAUUCCUUUAGCAGUUGACAAAAUAACAGAACACUCUAAAAACAUCAUGAGCCACCUUAAAACACAGUGCUCAAAAAUUCUUUCUGGAAGUUGGUCUGAUACAAGCAACUUUUGCGUAGAACCGUCACGGAGUUGUGGACUAAGCAAUUACUUGUAUAUUGGAUUUUUAAACGAUGACAUUAUUCCUACUGGAAAUGAACCCCGUAAAGUACUUAUACGAGUAUACGGUGAAGUUUUGAGGAAAUGCACAGAUUCUAUCAUUUCAGACUCAGUCAGUUUUGCUUUACUUUCGGAAAAACGAAUUGGACCUAAAUUGCAUGGUGUGUUUCCUGGUGGACGAAUUGAAGAAUAUAUUGAUUCUAGACCGCUUACAACGCAAGAACUCCCACUAGUGAUAGAUGUUGCUGCACGGCAUAUGGCAUGUUUUCAUAAAUUAUGUAUGCCAUUUUCAAAAACACCAUCAUUUAUACUGAAAAUGCUUGAUAAAUAUCUUGAUCAACUGACAGAUACAUCUGAACAUUUACAUCGUCCAGCUCCAAGAUUAUCUACAAAUACUUUAACCAAAUUAGCAUCGAAAGGAUUCUCUUUUGCAACUGAUGGACAUGUAUUAACGGAACCCUCUUAUGAAGAGGCUAAAAGUAUGGUUUAUCAGUUAUCACUCAUUGAAGAAUGGAAUUGGUUGAAGAAAAGGUUUACUGACUGUUAUGAUGGUCUAUUUCCAAUUGUAUUUUGUCAUAAUGAUUUUCAAGAGAAUAAUCUGCUUCUUUUGAACGAUCCAUCGGUUGAAAAUGUUUACCGCUUAUUACCAAUAGAUUUUGAGUACUCUGGUUAUAAUUAUCGUGGAUUUGAUAUAGGAAAUCAUUUUAAUGAAUGGUGUUAUGAUUAUACAAAUCCUAAUCCUCCAUACUUCUAUCAAAAUAUUGAAAAUUAUCCAGAUCGUUCAAAACAGAAGCUUUUUUGGAAAGCAUAUCUAACAGAGAAAAAAUCAGAUUCAUCAACUGAAAAUUGUAAUUUUUUUAAAACAAAUGGUAAUUGUAUCAAUAAUGAUGGUGAUGUUUACAGUGAAGAUCAUGAUGAAAAAGUUGGUCAACUUCCCGAUGUUUGUGAUGAUAAUGUUGAUGCUGAUAUGUUAUGGAUUGAAACAAUAUAUGGUUCAUUAUUAUCACAUAUCUUUUGGUCUGCAUGGUCACUUGUUCAAAGUCAGCUAUCCAGCAUUCAGUUUGAUUUUAUAGAUUAUGCUAAAGUUCGUAUACAACAUUAUCAUCAUAUGAAGUCUUGGUUGCCACCAAAUCAUAGAUGA